GUUCAUGCUCUUUUUUAAAUUUUUUUAUCUCUGGUGCACGGAGACAGACGAAUAAAAUAUUAUGUUUUGAAAGUGCAGAAGCCAUGUUUAAAGCUAUAAACAGGUUCGAAGUUUGAAUGUGGCUGAUAGUGAUAGCCGUAGGGGCUUGGAGAGUUCUGCAUAAAAAACCAGAAAUAUGUAUUACUUUUCAGAUGAUGACUUCAUCGACAUGGAAAUCAGCUCAUACUCGAACUUCCCAUGCCAUUCUGUUAGCUCCCCUCCGCACAACAGAGAGUUUGAGUUCCAAAUGUCUUCCGGCUCUCAAGAAAGAGAGCAUACAACUUCCCCAGCUGACGAGCUCUUCUACAAAGGAAAGCUCCUUCCUCUUCACUUUCCCCCACGUUUGCAAAUGGUAGAAAAACUCCUGCAAAGCUCCGGCUCUGCUUAUGAUACAAGAAAAGAGAUCUUUGAAGAAUGCUAUAGCACUCCAUUAAACACUACUGCCCCGACACCCACUUCUCAUACCCCAUUUGAAUCCUGCAAUAUCUCACCCUCAGAAUCUUUCCGGGCUAGUAGAGAUCAGUUGAGCCUAGAAGAGUAUAUCUCGGACAAUUCAACUGAAGUCAGUGGCUUCAUUGGUGAAAACCCAAAUAAGUCUUGGACCAAAAAGCUCAAGCACUCCUUACUUGGUUUAAAGCAGAAGGCUUCCAGGGCUUACCUCAAGUCUAUUUUCAGUAAAUCUGGUAGUUCAAAUGAGCCCUGCACAACGGCUACAAAGGAUGCAGAUGAAGGAUCGAUUUCAAAAGCCAAGAAAUACAUGAAUAACUCUAUAAAAGAGUCAAACAAAACCCCGUUGGGACAAAUUCAGAAGGAUAAAUGCUCGACGUCAAAAAGCAUCACAAGGAGCAUUGACAAAGACAACGAUGCUGAGAAUGGCGUCGGUCACCAUAGGAGAUCGCUGUCAGUGGUUAUCAAACGCCAUUCAACAAACAAGUCUUCAUCCUCAUCUGUCUCUUCUUCAUCUUCAUGCUCAAGCAAUUCAGAUGGGUUCCAUGAGUUGCAAUUUCUCAAGAGAUGCAGCAGCGCAAGUUCAGAUAUCGAGAUGUCAAUUCAAGGAGCAAUUGCUCAUUGCAAGGAGUCUCAGCAGCUGUUCCACUCCAGGAAGACUGUUAGUGAAGUUGGGUUUUAAUGAUUGCUGCCAAUUUCCAGGAUUGCAGUUCAUGAAGAUCAAGAAAGGCCAGACCUUUGCAGAGGUUUUUGUGUUUUUUUUUUGGGGGGGGGGGGGGGUUGUCGCAAACAAGGAGGAGUAAGAUGUUUUAAUUGGUUAA